GUGCGAGCUUCACGCAUGUCGCCUUUGCUCGGCCUGAGCUUUACAUGUUUUUUGCUCUGGGCCGACGGGAGCAGUGUGGAGUUCGAUGAUUUGCAAGCGGGCUUGCAUUUGGAGGAUCAAAGCUGUGGGAGCUCUCCAGAUGCAGCUUGCUGGAUUCAGCGUCGGGCCAAACGCCUGAGUGAGGAAAGCGAUGCCGACAGCAAUCACUCUCAGCAGUCGGAGGGCAGAGCUGGCGUAAACGCUUCAGAUGUUUUGGGCAGUCAAGAGAGUGAUCACACACUGGUGUCCACCAACGCAUCCAAGUUUUACUGCGAUUCGCACACUGGUGGAAGCUGCCGAUUCUGGUCUUGUUCGUCCUCUCGAGGGCCAACAAUGUGCAAAUCGUCGCAGUGUCGCUGCAUGCCAGGCUUUUGUGCCACAGCUGGUGUUUGCAACGAGCGUAAACAAGAAAAUGUCGCUCAUGUGGCGGAUACCUGCAAUCGAGAUACUGGGGGCAGUUGUCGCUUCUUCGGGUGCUCUUCAUAUCGAGGAGCAGUGGACUGCAUCGACGGAGGAUGCGUUUGCAAGGCAGGAUACUGUAGUGCCGAUGAUGGCAGCUGCCACCAACCCAAAGCGAGGAUCAAGGCACAUGUGGUUCCUGUGAAUUUGCAGCAGAGAAACUUCCCAUCCUCCCAGGUCAAUCUUCGCACUGGACUUUGCUUCAGUGGUGGUGGCUCUCGCGCUCUUACUGUGACCAUGGGGGUCCUUCGAGCUUUGGAGAGUUUGAAAUUAAUCCCACAUGUAGAUGCGAUCUCAAGUGUUUCUGGUGGAACUUGGGCUUCUUCUAUCUACAUGUUUGCCAAGGACGUCAGCAUAAAGGAACUACUCGGCGAAGAUACCACCCCAAAUGAACUGACUAUGGAUCGGCUGCUUAAGACGCCAGCCAGGCUUGGUGCUGUGGCCACUACAAGCAUUACUUCCUUGCUGUGGCACAAUGUGAAGUUUAACAAUCCACAUGAAAUGUGGAUUGACAGCUACGCAAAAGCUGUUCUGGAGCCCUUCGGGUUGGCCAACAGGAGCCAAUUCAUGGCAGCCAACGAAGAAAGUCUUCAAGAAAUCUUGAGACGAAACCCCAGCCUCAGCUCGGAUCAGUUCCAAGUGCCCAAUCCUUUGCGUCCAAAGACGUACAUCAUGGGUGGCACAAUACUGGCCCCGGUCGGCUUGCUCGCAACAGAGACAAGUGCAGUGUCUCUUCAGAUGUCGCCUGACUACACUGGAUCUCCCUUCUAUCCAAAGGAUAGUUUGGUCCACUAUAAAGGGCAAGACAAUCGAGAAUUCUUGGUCGGUGGUGGCUUCGUUGAAAGUUUCGCGUUUGGCGGUUCUGCACCCUCGUCCGCACAAGGCCAAAUGGGCGGAGAAGCCGUUGAAAUGGAGGCGCCUCCAACUGCCUUCAGCCUCGCUGACGCAAUCGGUAUCAGCAGUGCAGCUUUCGCCUCCGUGUUGGUUAAUGCAGGCUGGCUCACCAGCGCUGCCUCCUUUGUAAUUGGCCACGAGGCUGAAGAAUAUUUGCCUGUCAAAGAUGUCUGGCCAGUAACCUCGAAUAAGUUUUCCACUUGGAGGCCCGCGCUGAAGUAUCAGCUUGGUGAUGGUGCUGAAGUCGACAACACUGGCAUGAUGGCCCUCUUGCAGAGAAAAGUGCCCAAGAUUGUGGCUGUUUUCGGGACGAACAGAGAGCUUGCUGAGGACAUUGACUUUUGCGAUGGCAACGUCCUACGGUUGUCCCUGAAGAACAAGGUUUCAAAUGACUUGCUGGACAAGUUUGGCUAUGUCGCGGAAAACCCUGGGGAGUAUCUCAUCUACAACCAGGUUUUUCACUCUGAUGACUUGGCAAAGCUCCUAUGCAAGUUUGAGAAGAAGCGAAAGUCCGGGGAAGCGCUAGUUGUUCAGCAAGACAUGGAGGUGCUAGCAAACAGCAAAUGGGGCAUUGAGGGCAACUGGAGAGUGUCUGUGAUUUUUGUGUACUUGAACAGCUGCAAGCGCUUCACGGUCAACCUUCCACCAGAAACACUUCAGGAAGUGGAAAAGGGCAGGUGGGGACGCUUUGCCAACUGGCCUCAUUUCAAAACGUCCUCGCAGAACUCUGGCAAGUUCACUUCGUAUACGCCUGAGCAGGUGAAUCUGCUUGCAGCUUUUGGAGAGUAUAUGAUUCGUUCGAACACUGAAAUGUUCAUGCGUUUCUUUCAAUGAUCGGUGCCAACAGAGCGCUGAAAAGUCAGCUGCUGCAUGGCGUC